AACUGGGCAGAGUAUUUAAAAUAUGUUAAUCCGCUGUCCACUAGGUGGCAGCAACCCUUUGUUGUUACGGUUGAGUUAACCUAUGAGUGAGGCACAGAACAAGUUCAGUCAGCCAUGUGCCCUUGUUUACCAUGUUACGUAUGCUGCACACUGUGUUCGUCAGGAACGAAAUAAAGCUCCUUAAUUGUGCAAUAAGAAGCCUCCCGUGAGUUACUACAUAAAUGGCGACGAGGAUAAACUAAAGCCGAUGCCUCGUGGGGAUGCAAGCAAAACAGUAAGACUGUAAAGUUGCUAGUUCAAAUCUGAAUUGGACGUUCCCCGGGAACGAUCAUGGCGGCGGCCUUGGUAGGGAGCACCGCUCCGUUCGACAGUGAGACGCAGACGUGGGAAGAAUAUUGUGAGGUUCUCCACCAUUUCUUUGAGGCUAAUGGAAUCACAGAUGCAAGUCGGCAGAAAGCUAUAUUGCUCAGUUCAGUGGGAAGUCAGACGUACAGCCUCGCGAGGAACCUUGUCAGUCCCGCCAAGCCCGGAGACAAGACGUUUGCCGAACUGGUCAAGAUUUUAAAGGAACAUUUCAACCCCAAACCCAGCGAGAUUGUGCAGCGGUUCAAGUUUAAUUCCAGACAAAGGAAGCUUGAGGAAACGGUAAUGGAAUACAUCGCUGUGCUAAGGAAGUUAGCACUGGAUUGCAACUAUGGAGACAAGUUGUCGGAGAUGCUACGCGACAGACUGGUUUGUGGGAUCGGAGAUGACCGCAUUCAGCGCCGACUGUUGUCAGAGCCGGAUUUGACCUUUGAGAAAGCACUGAAGCUGGCACAAGCCAUUGAGACAGCCAGCAAGGAUGUAAAGGAUUUACAGUCUCUGGAGUCUACACACUCACACAUGAGGGCACCUCAAGCAGUGCACAAAAUGUCUACAAAGCAGUUCCCCACUAAGCAGCAGCACCAGAAUAACGCUUGUUACAGGUGUGGAGGUGAGCAGCACAGGGCUGGGGACUGUAGGUUUAUUAAGGAAACCUGUCAUAAGUGUGGGAAAAUGGGCCACAUUCAAAAAGUGUGUAGGUCAGGUGGCUCAGUUAGCGCUUCACAGGCUAGAGGGGGUGGGGUACCAACAGGGAAGUAUGGGAAACCUCAAGGAACACAUUAUGUCAGCCAGGGGGAGGGCGACAUAGACGAAGAUGAAGUCAUGUUCACACUGUACAAACUAGAACAACUAGACAUACCAGCAGAGGAGCCAUUUAUUCAGACAUUGACUGUUAAUGGGGAGAAACAGCAAUUUGAAAUGGACUCGGGGUGUGGGGUAACAGUAGUGAACCACUCUGUGUACAAAACCUUAUGGGGGAAGGAGGUGCCAGAGCUACGCUCCUGUAGAGUGAGGCUUAAAACAUAUACGGGACAUAAAGUAAAUGUUGUGGGAGCAGCAGUGGUUAAAGUACAGCAUAAAAAGCUAGUAGAGAACUUACCAUUGGUAGUGGUGGCAGGUUCAGGCCCUAGUCUAGUAGGCAGGUACUGGAUUAGGAGGCUAGGUUUACAGUGAAAACCAGAACCCCAGAUCCACCAUGUUCGGACAGAGACCCCAGAGAAGGCACAGAGGAGACCAGAGCCACAGAUACUCCAGGUUAA